CGAAUUCAUUUUGGCAGAUUACAUAAAACAUCUUGCGGGAGCAGAUUCGUGCAUCGGAAAAACACUCUAUUUUCCAGAAAAGAUUAAAGUAUAAGAACUCCGGAACCGGAAAUGGCUUCUAUUUUACGGUCCCUGGCCACGGCCGUCCGAAGCGGAGUGUUGACCGCUCCAGCCCGUACAGCUACGGUCCCAGCUUUCAACCGAUACAAAUCAGAGGCGGUGGCCGAAUCUAGACCAACCGUUCGUAAGCCGGAUGCCAUAGCUCGCCAGGAACUGACGGAUUUUGGAAAGUAUGUAGCCGAGUGUCUGCCGAAAUACGUCCAAAAGGUUCAACUGACUUCGGGCGAUGAGUUGGAGGUGCUGAUUGCACCGGAAGGUGUUGUACCGGUGCUUCAAUUCUUGAAAGACCAUCACCAGGCCCAGUUUGCCAAUUUGGUCGACAUUGCUGGCAUGGAUAUUCCGAGCCGACAGUAUCGAUUCGAAAUCAUUUACAACAUUCUUUCUCUACGCUACAACUCGCGCAUCCGCGUCAAAACCUAUACGGAUGAGCUGACGCCUAUCGAUUCGUGCAACGAAGUCUUCAAGGCAGCCAACUGGUAUGAACGAGAAAUCUGGGACAUGUACGGUGUGUUCUUUGCCAACCAUCCGGACUUGCGCCGCAUUCUGACCGAUUAUGGCUUCGAGGGACAUCCGCAGCGCCGCGAUUUUCCCCUGAGUGGUUACGUCGAGUUGCGUUACGACGACGAGAAAAAACGGGUCGUAUGCGAGCCCCUUGAGUUGGCACAGGAAUUCCGCAAGUUCGAUCUGUCCGCCCCAUGGGAACAGUUCCCGAAUUUCCGCAAUGCAAACCCAGCGACCGAGGAAAUUGCCGCUGGUAACACUGAAGAGAAGAAGUAAAGGGAUCCUUGCAAUUUUGUUAAAUUGGAGAAUAAGGUAUGCUGACCAUAUAUAGACGAUUUGAGCACCUACAUA